CUCAGACCGGAACUAGAGCGGCCGGCCCUGGCGUUGCCAGGGAGCCGCUGGCGAACGGUUUCCGUCUCCGGUCGACUGAGGCACGAGGAUUGCAGGCUCUGAGGCCGCGGGGAAAGAGAAAAAUGCGACCUUUGACGGAAGAGGAGACCCGGGUCAUGUUUGAGAAGAUGGCCAAAUACGUCGGGGAGAACCUGCAACUGCUGGUGGACAGACCCGACGGGACCUACUGCUUCAGGCUGCACAACGACCGCGUGUACUACGUGAGUGAAAAGAUCCUGAAACUGGCCGCCAACAUCUCCGGGGACAAGCUAGUGUCGCUGGGCACGUGCUUUGGGAAGUUCACCAAGACUCAUAAGUUCCGGUUGCACAUCACCGCGCUGGAUUACCUGGCGCCCUACGCCAAGUACAAGGUGUGGAUAAAGCCUGGCGCAGAGCAGUCCUUCCUGUAUGGGAACCACGUCUUGAAGUCUGGUCUGGGUCGAAUCACUGAGAACACUGCUCAGUACCAGGGAGUGGUCGUGUACUCCAUGGCUGACGUUCCGCUGGGUUUUGGGGUAGCAGCAAAGUCUACACAAGACUGCAGGAAAGUAGACCCCAUGGCCAUUGUGGUGUUUCACCAAGCAGACGUUGGGGAGUAUGUGCGGCAUGAAGAAACGUUGACUUAAAGUCAUCCCAAGGACACAGGCCUCAGGGGAGGGGUCCGGCUUGUUUUUCCUUUGUCUGUAGUCUGUAGCAUUGAAUUUUGUCAGCACUGUGACCACUUCAGAGACUUCUUAGUUUAACGUGCCAUCACUGACAAAUGCAAGCCGGAUUUUUACUGUGCACAGCGGCUCAAAUAUCAGGUUUCAGACUUUUGUGUUUGUGUCAAAAUAGAAUAUCUCAUUACG